GUGAAAAAUUUCUAAAAAAAAAAGUUUCUUGCAAAAUUUUUCGAUUCAUUUGCAUUUUGGGUUUACAACAUCUAAUUGCGAACUGCUUGUUAAAAAACCACUAUAAAUUUGAUGGUUUAAAGAUAAUUUAUCAUAUUGAGAAAUAUCGAAAUCAAACCUGUCAUAAUGUGAAAAGCAAAAAACAAUUUGUGUACUAUACGUGAAAUUCAAAAUACAGAACUGUACAAACGACUUAUAACAAAUAAAUCUUAAAGAAACCACGAAUUUUAAUCGAUCUAGGCCUAUAAAUAAGUGGCAAAAUACUUUUGUAAUAAUCUUCCACCAUCAACAGCUUAAGUUAUUGCAGACGACGUGUCCACGCCCACUGAAAAACCAUAAUUAAAACAUGAAUAAAAGCUGAUUUCAAUGCAAUAUGUACAUAUUUGUUAUUAUAUUAACUCUUAACUGUGUUAGACCCAAUAUUUGCAGUAUAUUACCAAAAAUUAAUUAUGCGAUAUUUAAAUUAAAAUAAUCUGAAUUCCAUUUGAAGUAAGGCAACAGCAUUUUCAUAUGUGUGUAGAAAUCAAACAAGAAAUUAAUAUAUUUUCACGGUGGAGGCAAAUUGGUUGUGACUCAAAAACUCAAACGAUGUCAGCAGAGCUUAUUCUACAAAAAUUCGAGCUGCUUCUUCAGCAACUUUAAUAAUUACUGUUUUUCAGAUGGUGACGAAACGUGUGUCACUAGACUGACUGGUUAUGUUAUACUUAUUAGUAGUAACUUACGUUUGAUUACUUUUUUGUUACAUUCAUGUCAUUCCAGUACUACACAUUAGAAGUCGAAAUCGAUAGUUUUUGGAUUGUUGUGAAACGUUGGUCAGUACUUAAAAUUAUAUUGAUAUUAAGCAUUGAGCGUUAUGCUUGACAAAAGUCAAAAGAGCUCCUAAAGCUUUAUUUGUUAUUAAUUUAAAUAAAACAACAAUUACAAAUAAGUGAAACUCUUUUUACUCUGAAUAAAUCGGAAAUAAAUAAAUAUACAAAUGAGUGCAACUAUGAGACAACAAGAUGGGCAGGUGGGCUCGCGACCAAAGAUGAAUGCUUCUAGUGACUUAUUGACCAAGGAUGAGAACGAAGUUGUCUUCAGUUUGCUGGGCAAAAAGUGUCAGACGUUAAACACAGCCGUGGUGCAGAUCUACAAAACGGAGGGUUCCGCACAUUCGCAUUGGAAGAAGAAGCAUACUGGUGUCGUGUGUUUUGUAAAAGAUAGCGCGAAAAGAUCGUAUUUCUUACGAGCUUACUGUUUAAUAAAAAACGAACAGAUAUGGGAACAUGAGUUGUACGACGCCAUGAAAAUGAUAAAGGCGCGACCUUUUCUUCUCACCUUCGAAGGCCAAGAUGGGCACGUAGGUUUGAAUUUUGUUUCUGAGGAGGAGUGCGAUUCCUUUUAUAGAGCUGUGGACACAACAAUUGAGACGAGAAAUCGAAAGAAAUUAGAAAAACGGAAUCGUGCUAAAGCACAAGCAGCCCCAAACAUUCCCCCGCCGGUUAAUAGGGACUCUACGAGACCAACGCCUGCGAUCAGUCAAACGACAACGGACUCUAGCGUGCAAUUGCGAAACCAUCCUCAAAAAAUUAAUUCGGUUACACUAACUCCUGGACCUAACCCGGUGGCAACAUCAAAGAAUUUUCUCAGCAGUAGUUUUGGUCUCUCAGGCUCAUCAUCCGGGAAGGACAAGAAGAGAAAAGUUACAAAGGCUGAUAUAAGUACACCGACAAAUUUUGUGCACAUAAGUCAUCUGGGUUGGGAUGCAGAUAAGGGUUUCGAUAUAACGGGCAAUGAGAAUGACGAAGUACUCACAAGUUUCUUUGCCAAAGCUGGUGUAUCUGAAAAUGAGCUGAAAGAUCGUGAUACGCGUGCAUUCAUCUACGACUUUAUUCAGAGUAAUAAUGUGUUAGCAUCGGUAAAAUCGGAGCGCGUUGAAUCGCCAAAAUCUACUGCUCCCGCUGUGCCUCCACCUGUGCCAAGCCGUCACCAGCAUCACCAAAAUGGUUCAACUGUAAGCCAAAGAACUGCACCACCACCACCGCCUCCGGCAAGACAACCGCCUCCUCCGGUGCCCACAACAGUGCCAGGUGCGACACGUGCACCAGCACCACCCACUAGACCGCCACCCAUAAACGUCGCUCCACCCCCACCAGCACCACCUCAAACCAUAGUGGCUGCACCAGCCACAGCACCGCCUCCUCCACCGCCACCGCCUCCACCACCACCACCGGCAAUAACAGAAUCACCAUUAACAAAUACGACUGAUGCACCGGCGGUAGAAACAAAGCGACCAACAGCAACAUUGCCAGUUGUACCAGACGUUCGGAGUGCGCUCCUGGAGAGCAUACGUAAGGGCAAGACAUUAAAGAAAGUAGAUACGACUGCACUAAGCACUGGCAGUGGGGAUUCUCAUAGUGAUCUUAUGUCCGAAAUUCGCGGCGGAUUUGAAUUGAAGCCGUCACAUGAUCGCACGCCAGCUAAUCGCAAUAGCGAUGACGCCACUGGUCCCGCCGGUAGCGAUGCUCUGGCGGUCGCUUUAAGACGAGCAUUGCUCGAACGGGAACGCGUCAUGCAGCCGUCAGAUGAUGAAAACGACGAUUCGUCUGGUAAUGACGAUGAAUGGGAGGAUUAAAUGCUAAAUUGGAUAAGUAAUUUGCAAUAGAGUUGUGAUGUAAACAUCUGUACGUUAACAAUGAAAGAAAUUUAUAAACGAUGAAAAAGAUUGCAUUAUAAAGUCCAAUACUUCAUUGAUAUUUCGUUAACUAAUUAAAUUCUAUCUAAUGUAUCUAUGUAUACAUCUGUUACAGCGAUCUACCAUAUGCAUAUGUAUGUGUAAUUACAUAUUUAUACCCUGAAAUUAUAAUUUGACGUUUGUAACAUCCAAAAAGAAAAGUCAUAAAACCUAUAAAAUAUACUUAUGUAUGGUAUAUGUAAACGAUCAGAAUGAUAAACUGUAUGUAUGACUGUAUAUACGCGAAAUACUCUCUCAGUACUUUAGAUAUCGCUCUGAAAUUUUCCACACGUCUCUCCCAAAGAAGCUGCUCAUUUGUCGGAAUCGCCAACGUCGAAACACUAUAAAAUAUAGCUGCCAUACAAACUGCACUACAGCAUAUACAUAACUUUCAUAAAAACUAAUUGAUCAAAAUCCAGUCUUUGUAUGCAAAACUUUUGUAUUUGAUAAGAUAUAUUCAUGAAAUUUGGUAUGUAUUAUUGUCCUACAGUACAAUUUCCGAAGAAAUUGUGUAGAUCGGUCCGGUAUAGCAUACAGCUGUCCCACAAAGCCCUAUAAAAAUCGUACUAUAAAUUUUAUUAUAUCCUUGUAAAAAAUGCUCCUGUGAAAGGUAUUAUGGCUUCGGUGCUACAGAAGUUAAUGUUUUUUCUUGUUUUUGUUUAAUUUAUGGUUUCUGGAAAUUGGUAAUGCCAACAGAAAUAAUAUAUUGAAUAAAGGAAAAAUUAUAACUAAGGUGAGCGUAAAUAAAGUUUAGAUAUGUUUCAAAUUAUUAUUUCUUGUAAUUUUAAAAUACAUGACACAGCAUUGGGUUUAUAAGCAAUAAAGGUUGCCAUUGCAAUAACGCGCCAGCCUAUUGCUACACAUUUCUUAAAAAAAAAAGCAUUAAAUGAAUUGUUGACAGUAUACUUACAUACAUAGUACAGAUGUAAAUUGCAUAUCCUUGCUCAAUUAGAGGUUUAAUUCUUUACCACUAAGUAGCUAAUGUUAGUAUAAAGAUAUAAAAAUAUUUUUAUUUAUGAACAAAUCCAAAACAAGUGAUAGACUUAGGGAAUGUUACUUGGAGUAAAACAAAUUUUAACUUGUAUAGCAUAACAAAAAGUCGACUUGAAAACUAUAAACUAUUGUACAAAAUAAAAUAUAUAAAUGUAUAUUAGUAAAUGUGAAACUAAAUCUGAAACAUAGUAAACCCAAUGAAGUGGUGAAGGGAAGUAUACGCGUAUGUAUCGUAUCGUAUGUUAGUUAGCAAGAUGAAUUUUUAGUACUUUUACAAUUGGGAAAAUACUUGUAUACAAGAAGACCAAAAGAGAAAAGUUUUUAGGGUCUGAAAUCAUACGAUCAGUACAUGAACACUUCUUAGCAUAAUUCAGAAUGAAGAUAUAGAUAUGUACGUAGUACAUUAGUUCUGAUUU